AUGGCUUCCGAGGCGUAUAAGUCUUAUUUUGCAAAAUUCAUUUCCGUGAAACAAGAGUUUCCUCAAGCUAUACAGAAGUUUAUUACUUUUGUUCGCGAAUUUGACUUGGGAAAAGCGGAUAUUGCUAUUAUUGAACAGGGACUAACUGAUCUUUCGAACAAUGAACUGUUUGAAAGCCUUGAAGAGAACCUGCAGAUUUUGCAACAGCUGAAAAAUUUUUUGAACAAAGAUAACAAGAGGAAGCUUCAGUGUAUUAUUACCGACUUAACUUCUCCCACUGGUGGCAAUGAAAACAAUCGAAUUUCUUCAAGUGCUAAUCCUUCCUCUUCAACUUUUUCAUCAUCAAAUCAUCUUAAAGCAGCUCGAAGGUCAGUUCAGCAAGCUCGUCGUUCGACCGCCUCAAAUUUGAAUAUGCGAGGACCUAAACUUACUCCAGGUCGUCGAGGUGCUCUAUCCUCUCGUGGUUCUUUUCGAACAAUAAAAAAUCGGGGAGUAAUACCGCCUUCCUCUCGUUCACGCUUGGAGGCAAUCCAUGGCAGAAACCAAGAGCAUCGUCAACAGCAUCAAGCUGCCGAAAAUCGACUUUCACCUCCUUCUCCCGAUGCGUCAGAUCAUUUUUCAAGUGAUAACGAUUCGGAAAAUGAAAAUAGAAAAUGUCCAGUUUCAAGGAGUGGUUCUUCACCUGUUCGCAACCGAAGACAGCGAGACAAUGGUGGCGACGGAAAUGGAGAGAGGAUUUACUGUCUUUGUAAGAGUUAUUCCUAUGGUGACAUGAUUGCUUGUGACAAUAGUCGAUGUAAAAUCGAAUGGUUCCACUUUGCCUGUGUGGAUGUCAAGGUUCAACCUAAAGGCAAGUGGUAUUGUCCUAAAUGUAGAGGGGAAACAUCUAAAAUAAAACGCCCCGAUGUAUAA